AUGAACACCUCGGCUCUGAUUCUAGCAGUAGCUAUUGCAACGUCAACUUUCGUCGUGGGUAAGGACUGCACAGUGGAUGAUCUCACUGCGAUCUCGAACGUCUAUAGUACCGCCUCGGAUGAAUCUUGUCCCGACAUGACCAAAAUGACUGGAGGUACCGACUAUUGCACGUACGCCGACUGUCUCACGUUCAUGACUGACAUGGUCGAGAAGCUGCCCGAUUGCUCGACUGGCGGCAUUAACGUCAAGGAGAGCGUCCGAGCUGCUUUGACAGUCUGCGAGACUGGAACGGCCGACGUUUCGAAAGUCUUUGCAAACUCCUCGUCGACCGCGACGUCGGGCUCGAACGAUGCAGCGACUUUACCUUCUGCGGGCUCAUUUUCGAGCGACAAGGCUUCGGGCGAUUCAACUGCGUCCGACGCUUCGUCAUUGUCGUUGUCGUCGUUUUCGUUCGCUGUUUCUAGCGCUUCUUUUGCGGUGGUCCUGUUUGCUGGACUAUAG